AUGACCACCGUAGCAACGAGCCGUUACGCAAAAGCCCAUGCCAAUCAGCAUGGUUCCGGCGACGAACGACCCACUGCCCUGCAGAUUGUCAAGGACGAGCAGAGAGGGGGAAAUAUGACUGACAAGGUGGUUUUCAUCACGGGAUGCUCUUCAGGAUUGGGAGUCGAGACGGCGAGAGCAAUGAAGGCCACUGGAGCAACUGUUUUCGUCACCGCUCGCAACUUGGAAAAGGCAAACGCAGCGCUUGGAGAUAUUCUCAAUGGCGAUCGGAUUCACCUUCUCAAGCUAGAUCUUGAAUCUUUUGACAACAUUCGAUCUUAUGUCAACGAAUUCAAGUCGAUGAACAGCUCUCUCAAUAUCAUUAUUGAAAAUGCCGGUAUUCGACACGUGCCGUUCGGCCGGACGCGUGAUGGCUUCGAAAAGCACUGGGGAACAAACCACCUGUCUCACUUCCUCCUCUUGGAGCUUCUCAGACCUAUGCUUCUAGCAUCAUCGACACCAGAGUUUUGCUCUCGUGCCAUUAUUGUUUCAUCCACGGCCCACAGAAACGCUCCCAUGGACUUCUCGGAUCUGAAUUGGGAAAAGCGAAAAUACGAGCCCUCAGUUGCUUACGGCCAAAGCAAACUGGCCAAUGUUUACACUGCCAGCGAAAUCGAGAGGCGAUAUGGCGCGCAAGGACUUCAUGCGUGGAGUGUUCACCCCGGUGGUAUUCGAACGGGGUUGCAGGCACCAAGUACGUUUGACAUCAAGGACUGGCUUGUUGUCAUCAAAUCCGGUCCCAAGGCAACGCUCAACACCAUGAUGAAUGCUGAACAGGGCGCUUCAACGUCUGUAUGGGCGGCCUUGAGCAGAGAUCUGGAAGGUCAAGGAGGGAAAUAUUGUGAGAGGAACCGAUUCAGUGAGCCGCUGAAGAAGGGGUGGAAGAUGAUUGAUCCAGGACAUGCCGAGUGGUGCUACGACGAAAAGGCUGCGGCAAGGCUUUACGACUUGUCCAUGAAAGAAAUCAAUUUGUAA